AUGUACUACUCGCUGCCAUUGUUUAGUUUCAAUUUAAACCUGUGGAAUGUUUUGGGCUUUAUUGAGUUUAAGCGAAGAGAGAGAGUUGUGGCCAUGAUGGCCAUUCCCUGUUUAGUUAACAUAUGCCAGUAUAUGCACCUCUUAAAGAACUGGCGUGAUAUGAGUGUCAUUGCAAUUGGUCUCUUUAUGACUGCUAUUUUGACCAAUUCUUUAGUCCGCAUAUUUUCGGUUAUAAAAAACCAAUCGGAGUUUGUGCAGUUCUUUAAGUCCAUUGAGGAAUGGCACCAUGAAAUCGAGAUGGGAAAGGAUACACAGGCCUGGAAUAUCCUGAAGUAUGUUCCUAGAAGAACAAGAAUGAUAUCAAUUGUGAGUUUUACUUUGGGUUCUUUUAGUGCUGUUGCUUCAGCAUUGAUGCCCUUAGUCUUGAAAGAGCGGAUCCUUCCAUAUUCUCUUCAUAUACCCUUGGUGGAUACUCUAAAAAGUCCUUUGUAUGAAAUUUUGUACACAUUGCAGGGGCUUGUUUCUAUGCCAUUCGUAAUAUUGACUUAUGUUCCAUUUACGAAUCUAUUCAUAUCAUGGCUUACCUAUGGCAUUAGCAUGUUGAAGAUAUUACGUCACAAACUGGAAUCGUUAUCCUAUGAUGACGAUGAUGAGAAAAUGUUAAAACAGUUGAAGGAUUUAAUUAAUUUUCAUCAUAGAAUUAUCGAAUAUUGUCAAACACUGGAAAACCUAGUAUCCUUCACAUGCCUUGUUGAACUAUUCUUUUUCACACUUAUGUUGUGUGUUCUUAUGACGAGCUUUCUGCUGCUGGACAAUCUUAUGUCCAGACUUGCUUCAUGCAUUUAUACAAUUUGUCUAUUGUAUGCUCUUUUUUUAGAAUAUUGGCAUGCGAAUGAAAUUUCAUCAGAGAGUUUGAAAAUUGCUGAUGCAGCCUACAAUAUAAAUUGGAACAAAUCGAGCACGGAAGUUCGGAAGUGUAUACAAAUCUUGAUUUUACGCAGUCAAACACCUUUAAAGAUUCGCGCUGGAGGUAUUUUUCCUAUGACUCUGGAAGCUUUCCAGUCACUGUUGAAUGCAACAUAUACCUAUUUUACUAUGCUUAGGGGUAUGAUGGCUAAAUAAUGCGCCUUCUUAAACAUUAAACAAAACUCUGCAUAGAAUCACCUGCUACACAAGCUAAAAAGAAUUUUUCAUUCAUUAAAAUAGCACAAGGCACUUUAGAAGGUAGUAUUCCAAACUCACCCGCUAAACACAUGAGCAUUGCUCAUCUGCCGCCUCCACAUGUUUGCCAAGUGGUGGCAUCUCCGUGUUAGAAAACUUUGAAGUGAUUGACGCAGCAUUGCCGUAUGACACACGUAAGAUCUGCAAAAAAGGAAAUGUAUUUGGCAAGUAGUAAACCGAUCCAUAUAAGUAGUGUUUACGCAAAAACAAUGGCGUAUGAAUGAUGUUGGAUUGCUUAUUCUGUUUUAUGAAUGAAAACUCGAGAAGAUAUUUUUUGCGCCAAAUCGAAAAGACGACAAACAAAGAUGUUAUAAAGUGUUAAUCACUCUGCGGUUACAUCUUCUUAUCUGACACGAGCAGAAGAGGAGAGAAAAUUAUUAUCGCCCAGACAUGGAGCUCGUGCAGCAUGCAUAUGUUAUAAAUUUAAUCUUUUAAAUAACAAAAAUUGUUUUAAAAUUAACCACAAUAAAGUCAAAGACCAUGGCACAAUGACUGACUAAGAACGCAAACAGAAGAAGACAAAAAUACAAAUAACAAUCGACCAUACGAGUAUAAGUUACAAUGUUAAA